AUGGCAUCCAACCACAUCCCAACUGAGGAUCCAACAAUCCUUCUCCGAUAUCAACAAUCUUAUCAAGAACGAGAGAACUUACUGGACACCACAGACCCAUUGAAACGUCUUUCUGCUACCUGCUUCUUCCGAAAAUUCGUUAGUCUUGAAACAAGGGAACACGGCACCAUUGUUGAUCAUUUCAUUCAAUUAGGAAUCGUUCCAAAAUUCAUUGAAUUUCUCAUGAAGGAUGAUGAACCACAUCUACAAUUUGAAUCAGCAUGGGUGAUCACAGGCAUAGCAUCAGGAUCUUCGGAGCACACACAAUUGCUCAUUCAACUUGGUGCUGUCCCGAUGUUAAUUCAAUUACUUUCAAGUCCGAAUGAUGAUGUAAAAGAUCAAGCUGUUUGGGCUCUUGCAAAUAUUGCUGGUGAUGGACCAGCUACAAGGAACGUGGUGCUGAGAGCAGGAAUUUUGGCUCCACUUUUGAAAAUUAUUGAAGAAAAUCCAAAGGUGUCCAUCUUACGGAAUGCCACUUGGGCAGUAUCGAAUUUGUUUCGUGGCAAACCCUUUCCUGAUUUUGAUUUGAUUUCACCUUCGAUUCCUGUGUUGGCUCAGUUGCUGUUUAGUACAGACGAAGAAAUUUUGGUGGAAGUUUGUUGGGCUUUUUCUUUUAUGACUGCGGAAAAGGAGGGAAUAGAACGAGCGCUUCAGGCGAAUGUGACAAGACGCUUGGUGGAAUUGAUGGGCCACUCUUCGGCCAACGUGGUUUUACCUGCUUUGAGAACAAUUGGAAAUAUUGUGUCAGGAAACGAUUCAUACACGCAAACGGUGAUUAAUUGCAAUGCAUUAUCUAUUUUGUGUCAACUACUGUCACAUUCAAAGAAUAACAUUCGAAAAGAAGCUUGUUGGACCGUUUCAAACAUUACAGCUGGAUCCGUGGAACAAAUACAAGCUGUGAUUGAUGCAACUAUUAUUCCAAAAUUGAUAAUGCACAUUGAAACAUCAACCACUCACGCCCACACCAAAUCAGAGGCAAUUUGGGCUAUUUUAAAUGCAAUUAAUGGUGGAAAUUUUGAUCAAAUAUUGUACAUUAUAGAACAAGGAGACAUGUGUUUGGAGGUAUUGAGUGACCUGCUGUUAAACGAUUCUAUCUGUGACGAGAAAUUGAAAAAUGAUGUUUUGAGAGGUCUUUCAAAUAUUGCUCGCGCUUGUCGUGCCAAUGGAAGUAGCCAGUGUUUUGAAGACAUGCUAGAUAUGAAAGGAUUGUGGCAUGAAGUCAUGUAUAACAACUUCAGAGGAACCUCAGGUUAUGAAAAAAAGUUUGUGGAUAAUUUAAGGAAACCCAACACUCAAUCAUUGUGUGACUCUAAAAUUUCAUUCAAGGAUGAAAUGGAGGAUGACUAG